AUGCGCAUAGAUUUCCCCCAGCGGUUUCUGGGGACUUCCAGCAUCGCAAGAACCAGGGAUGGAGGUGUGUCUGCGGCUGUGGGCAUCGAGGCGUGGCUCAGUCGAGCCAAACAUCUGCCACUACGACUUUCCGUAAGGGAAGACUUCGACCCUCAGAGUCGGGCGGCGGAGUCAUCAGUAGUCUCUGAUACUUUGAGACAUCGGGUCAUCAUCACCAUCGGCGACUUUGCUGGCAAAUUGGCGGAUGUGAAUAUAGACGUCUCCCUCCUGUCCUUCCGGGCUUUCUGCCUGGACAGCCGAGGGGAUACACGGUCCUUCCCUAUGCUUAGGUCGCUAUCGAUUGGCAGCAGUCACUCGCCAUGGAUGGAAGUGUGGACCACAGACACGGCACACAAUCUUCCCCUCUUCAGCGCUGACACUCGCCUACACUCGUUAGCGCUGUCUACAUCCUAUCUUCCGGUGAACCUGUUGCAAGUGCCAAUGUCACUCGGGCAUCUUACCGAGCUAACCCUUACGUAUCGGCUGGAGACGGACUCAUUCAGACCUAGCCCCCUUCACGUCUUCCAGAUUCUUUUGAAGUGUCCCAACCUUAGGACGUGCACCCUGACGUUGGGCGAAGGACCUGCAGCCCUCGCAUUUGAGCCACAACGUGGCAGAUUAGAGCUCCCAUCCCUCAGGCACUUGACUAUUUUCGACGAAUGCCCCACAACCACGCUGUCGUUGAUGUCGGCUCUUUACGUUCCCUCACUGGUGCGGCUCCGUUACGGACAUUAUUUUGGAAGCGUAAUUGAUCUUCCUCACAAUGCCGCGGACCAACCUUUGCUACCUAUUCAGUCACUACAGCUAAGGCUCGAUGAAACCAGUCCGUCUCCGUUGGUGGGGUUGACACUGCAAUUGACUGCGGACAGCGAUGACGACGAACCUGAUAUCAACGAAGCCAUCUUAAAUUACCUUGCUCGAGAGGGCGAAAGCAUCCACGAUCUAGAUUUUAAGGAAGCCUCUGGAGGUAUCACGGAAUUACUGUCACUCUCUCGUGGGACAGGGACCGACUCUGACGAGUUUGACGUUGGAGCAACGACUCCGACUUCAAACGCUUCAGAGGUGCUCUGUCCUAACCUUCAAUCCAUCGUUUGGACGACCUCUGGGGAGAGUACUCGGAAUGCAUUCUUAGAGAUGCUCUAUCAACGAUGUGAUGCGAACAAGACGUUUACUCGAUGUGCGCAGCUGCGUAGAGCGCAGCUUACCAUCUGGGAGCUAUCUCCAGAGAGUAUGGAUGAAGUAGAGGAGAAGUUGAAGGAAAUAGUAGCAUUACCUACAAGUGACUUGAGGAUUGAAUACGAGUUAUACUGCUGGACGGGGCACCCCUGCGAAGGACAUGUUAUAUCAAAGAAAGGCGUUGUGAUGAGCGAGCCGUCAUAG